AUGACUACUCAAUCCAAAUCCAAAUCAUGUUUUUCCAAUUUAUUAAAGAAUAUAGCAAAAUGCAUCAUUUUUGCCAUAUUGGCUAUUGUAUUGGCAAUUAUUACGAUACCACUCAUGCUAUAUUUUAAUGAUAAUUUAUACUUUUUAAAGCAUAUAGAACAGAUCUCAGGGGACAACUCACUCAUUUUUUUUUCAUUAAUGUUCCUUGCUUUUGUAUUAUAUUCCAUAAUUCCCAUGAACUUGGAGCCAAUUAUUGCAAUUACUUCAUUUUACUUUUCCAAAAAGUUUGGAUUCUCAUCUGGAUUAGUGUUAUCCACAUUGAAUACAUUUCUCGCAGUCAAUUUAGGCUCAAUAGCAACAAUUUUGUUCGUUCGUUUCUUUAUUUACCCAUAUUUUAAAAAGUCUCCCGAGAUGACGUUCAAUAUUUGGUCGGAUUUAACAAACGAAUAUGGGAUUAUACUUGUCAUUUUAUUAAAACUUACAUUUUUCCCAAAUUUUAUUUCCAACUGUUUGAUUGGCUUUUCAAAUAUUUCUAUUACGGAGUUUAUAAUUGGUAGCUUAGCCCCCUUACCUCGAUACUUGUCCAUAUCAGCUUUUGCAUCUAAUAUAAAUAGCAUUAAAUACUACGGAUUUAUUUUAUUAAGUUUGAAGUCACAUCCGUAUCACGAAGUGUUAUUUACAACUAUUUCCUUUUUGUCACACUUGUUUUUGCUUGGUUUAUUUUACAGAAGCUACAUUAAAAUCAAAGACAGAGUUCCUGUUCCAACUGAAGAAAAUAUUACUAAUCUUCCAAAUAAUACCAGCACACUAAAUUCCGAGAUCGUUUAA